AGCCACUCUACCACUGGGGCCAGGACGUCGGUCUUCCUCUCUAUGAAGUGAAGAGGCUGGGCUGGUUUAUCCUUGCUCGAAGAACUUUGCUUUCACCGAGACUUGACAGGCUCGCCACUCGUAACGUCUCAGGCCGCGUCCCAUCCUUCCAAAGACCUCUCGCGCCGAGGGUGGCUUCGGAGCGGAGGGCACGCCGCACGCAACAACCCCUGGUCCCGCGCUCCGACUUCCAGCCGGUUCCGAGGAUAACAUCUCGCGCGAUUCCCUCGACCUCUCGCGACACUUCCCGCCAGCUCUCCUGCGGGUCUCCAAGCCCCGGCCGUCGCUCUGCGGCGAGCUUCGCGUCACCUCAGCGCUCUGCUCUCGGCGGCCCGGCCAGCUGGCCGCUCGCCCGCUGGGAGCGCGGUGGAGAACGGUGUUGGCGCGAACCCCGCGGGCCCGCAAGCUCCGCCCCGCCCCGCCCCGGCUGGCGGGGCAGGCUUCCGCGGGGACAUGUCUUGUCCCCCUGAGCGAGGGCAUCAGAGCGCGAGAGGCUGUGAGGCAGCCAGAGAACGAAAUGUCCUCAGUGGAGUCACAGCAGGAACAGUCGUCCCAGUCAGACCCAUCUCCAUCACCAAAUUCAUGUAGUUCCUUUGAGCUCGUAGACAUGGAUGCUGGCAGUUUGUAUGAACCAGUUUCUCCUCAUUGGUUUUAUUGUAAGAUAAUAGAUUCUAAGGAGACAUGGAUUCCUUUCAACUCUCAGGAUUCGCAGCAGCUGGAGGAGGCAUAUAGCUCUGGAAAAGAUUAUAAUAGAAUUGUUCCCACUGAUGGGGGUAGAUAUGAUGUUCAUUUGGGGGAGAGGAUGCGGUAUGCUGUUUACUGGGAUGAACUGGCUUCAGAAGUGAGACGAUGUACCUGGUUUUACAAGGGAGACAAAGAUAAUAAGUAUAUUCCGUACUCAGAGAGCUUCAGCCAAGUUCUAGAGGAAACUUACAUGCUUGCUGUAACUUUGGAUGAAUGGAAAAAGAAAUUGGAGUCUCCCAACAGAGAAAUUAUUAUAUUACACAAUCCAAAGCUUAUGGUGCAUUACCAGCCAGUUGCAGGGUCCGAUGAAUGGGGUUCAGCACCUGCCGAGCAAGGUCGACCUCGAACAGUGAAGAGGGGGGUUGAGAACAUCUCUGUUGACAUUCACUGUGGGGAACCUUUACAAAUAGAUCACUUGGUUUUUGUAGUCCAUGGGAUCGGACCUGCUUGUGAUCUCCGCUUUCGAAGCAUUGUACAGUGUGUUAAUGAUUUUCGCAGUGUUUCUUUGAACCUGCUACAGACGCAUUUUAAGAAAGCCCAAGAAAAUCAGCAGAUUGGGAGGGUAGAAUUUCUCCCAGUCAACUGGCAUAGUCCCUUGCAUUCCACUGGUGUAGAUGUAGAUCUGCAGCGAAUAACCCUGCCUAGCAUUAACCGCCUCAGACACUUUACCAACGACACGAUUCUGGAUGUCUUCUUCUACAACAGCCCCACCUACUGUCAGACUAUUGUGGACACAGUCGCUUCUGAAAUGAAUCGAAUUUAUAUACUUUUUCUGCAGAGGAACCCUAAUUUCAAAGGGAGUGUAUCCAUUGCUGGUCAUAGUUUAGGUUCGCUUAUAUUGUUUGAUAUCCUAACAAAUCAGAAAGAUUCUUUGGGAGAUACUGACAGUGAAAAGGAUUUGCCAAGUAUUUUCAUGGAUCAAGGAGAUACACCAACACUGGAGGAAGAUUUGAAGAAACUUCAACUGUCUGAGUUCUUUAGUAUUUUUGAGAAGGAGAAAAUAGAUAAGGAAGCUCUGACUUUAUGUACAGACAAAGACCUUCAGGAAAUGGGAAUUCCCUUAGGACCAAGAAAGAAGAUAUUAAACUACUUUAGGACCAGAAAAAAUUCGAUGGGUGUUAAUAGACCAACCCCGCAAUCACCUGCAGGGGCAAAUAUGUCUAAUAUCCCCAAAGAGUCAGAGUUCUACAGUAGUACUAAUGGUCUGGACGUCGGCAUUGGGCAGGUGCCUGUAAAAUACCCCCGGCUCAUCUAUAAACCAGAAAUAUUCUUUGCCUUUGGAUCUCCCAUUGGAAUGUUCCUUACUGUCCGGGGACUAAAAAGAAUUGACCCCAACUACAGAUUUCCAACAUGCAAAGGUUUCUUCAAUAUUUAUCACCCUUUUGAUCCUGUGGCCUAUAGGAUUGAACCAAUGGUGGUCCCGGGAAUGGAAUUUGAGCCAAUGCUGAUCCCACAUCAUAAAGGCAGGAAGCGGAUGCACUUAGAACUGAGAGAGGGCUUGACCAGGAUGAGCAUGGACCUUAAGAAUAACUUGCUAGGUUCGCUGCGGAUGGCCUGGAAGUCUUUCACCAGAGCUCCAUACCCCGCCUUACAAGCUUCAGAAACUGCAGAAGAAACAGAAGCAGAACCUGAAUCAAAUUCAGAGAAGCCUAGUGAUGUUAACACAGAAGAGAACCCUGUGCCAGUGAAAGAGGAAGCCCCCCCCAUCCAUGUGGGAAUGCUGAAUGGAGGCCAGCGCAUUGACUACGUGCUUCAGGAGAAGCCCAUUGAAAGUUUUAAUGAAUAUUUAUUUGCUUUACAAAGCCAUUUGUGCUACUGGGAGUCUGAAGAUACAGUAUUGCUGGUUCUCAAAGAAAUCUACCAAACCCAGGGUAUCUUCCUUGAUCAGCCUUUACAGUAAAAAUGAACCACCUAAGGCUGCUUAAUCACACCAGCCUCCUCUGUCCUCUACUCUCUCCUGGAGUUUGCUCAGAUUCAUGUCCAUUGAGUCAGUGAUGCCAUCUAACCAACUCAUCCUCUGCUGCCUCCUUCUUUUGAUUUCAAUCUUUCCCAGCAUCGAAGUAUGGGAGCUUCAGCAUCAGCCUUUCCAGUGAAUGUGCAGGGUUGAUGUUCUUUAGGAUGGACUGGUUUGAGCUCCUUGCAGUUACAGCAGUUUCAGCUUUCAGCAUAGACAGCCCAGCCUAGGAUUUACAGUACUCAGCCCUGUAUAUAUGUAUUAACAGUCAGAAAGCUUGUGUGUCAGACUCGGGCGUUCUCUCUGGUUGCCGUCAGCGUGAUGACCUCCCUUCCACUUUCUCCCCUAGAUGGACACUGAGGGAUCCUUCCCCAGAAAACCCGCCUCUGUUCCUGCGUUUUCCUCUCAGCUGUGUCGUUCCCUGCAUGUUGCCUGCUACUUGCUCACCACUAGGGUCUCUGGAAGAUAAUCUUCCUCUCUGGAAGCAAGUGGAAAAGCAAAGGGAAGACCCUGUCACUUUUUACCACUGGCUUCACAGAAACAUUCGCCAUUCUUUCUUGAUGGCUGCGGGCAGUCUGCAUCUUUAAUUCUCUGAUGGUAUUUAUGUACCACACUCUAUUGCUUAUUACUUGAGAUGGUAUAAACCUUGCCUUGAGUUUGUUUUGGGUUGGGUGUAAAUUUUUCUAGGAGGUUAUUGUUUAUCUUUAGAGAAUAUUCUAAUCUGGUAGUGGGUUCCUGAGACUCAGAAGCCAUUCUGGGUCUGCUUAUGGUCAUGGGUGUUCUCUGCGUUUGAAGGCCAAAUCUAAGUGGAGGAGGCAGACUGGUGGGCAGUCAGAUUCUUGCCCGCCAACUUCUGUUUUCCACACAUACUGUAUGAAGAAAGACUAAAAUUAUAAAUACUGUUUACUUUCUAUAGUUGACUGACAAGAUUUAUUGCUAGGACUCACAGAGGCUGUUCAUUGUUUUUACAGCUAUUUGAGCUGCUCUAAGAGUCUAAAGUGGACAGUUUAGUUUCCAUCAGGUACAUCUUUAUAAAGAUAUUAUAUAUCCUAGACCUGCCCUUUUAUAUCGUAUCAUACUUCAAACUGGGAGACUCCAGAUGAAGUCCAACCUAGUUAUUUGUUAGUUCUUAAGUUUAAAGUUAUAAACGCUGAAAAACCUGCAGCUACACAGCUUUGACUGCUUAUGAAGUGAUGAAUAAAAACUUCUAGUGGUGUGUUCAUGGUGGAACAACUUGUGAAAGCCAUCUGCCACAUCAACUUGUGUGAAGGGAGUGUUGAAGACUGUUCUCUUCAAACAGACGCUGUCGCUCUGAGUCCCCGCAGAGCAGGGAGCAAAUGGACAGGCCUCGGCACAGGCAGUGCCGGGGGAGGGGUGGGUCCGCCCAGGGGGAUCCUGGCUCUGUGGGGCUAGGAACAGCUGCUGCAGAGGCAGUGUCAGAGUGUGCAGGUGAGGUGGGUGAACGCAGACCCCCGGCGUUUAACGUUCACAUAGGCCAUCUCUGUGACAGCAGAGGGAAUGUUACCAUCACGCUAGAGAUAAGGCUGGGGUACUGCUGAGAGCCUGGCCUCUCCGUGUCCAUCUGCUUACAGACUAAUGCUGACCAAGCCACUAAGACGUUUCAGCUCUAUGAAAUGCUUUCUUUACUACAUAAACUCCGAGACCGAAAUAAGGGUUACUGAGAAUUAAGUAGCAUUCAAUGUAAAGGGGGAGCUUUCAUCAAGUUGUUGUCCUCAAAUUUAAAUUUACUCUUCCUAUUAACAGAGUAAGUAAAUUGUAAGAGAAAGCCAAAGGACAAGCAAGAGUGAGUCCCUGUAACCAAAGAUGAACAGCAUCACCCCGGAUUGUUAGAUAAACCACUGUUUGUACUAAGAAGUGUUUCCUUCCUGGUGGUGAAGGGCAGGUGACUGGAGAAGAGCUUUAUGCCCUGUGCCCCCUGUGUUGGCAUCAUGGAUGCGUCACACCGGGCGCUGAGCUGGGCUUAAACUCCUUACUCAGCUGUUUAUCUUUUGCACAACUUCAGUUGUAGCAUGUGCAAUCUCUUGACCAAGCCUAUUUUUAAACUAUGGUAGAGUAUCAUUUUAUACAUAUUUCCAGCUGCAGAAUUGGUAUUGCUUAUCUCAGCAAGAGAGAUUGUUUGCAUGGAAAGAUUAAUAGCACUGAUUAGCUUUCUAAUAUUUUGCACUUUUUGAAAUGUUUGUUUUUUAUGUGAUUAUAUUUAAAACUUUAGUAAAUACUGAAAUAAAACCGAUUUGACCAGUU